GCGAUCAUUUUUUUAUUGUUCUUAACUAAACCAAUGCAUACCGUGUCGUUUAAUCGAGCGCUUUUUAACCGAGGUUGAUACUUUAUUGAGUUAACAAGAUGCACGCCUUUGCCAUUAACGAACUUAGUUUAAUCAACUGUUGUCCGGGAAAACUUGAACAACGAGUUUUUCGUUAUGAUGGCUCCAGCCUGCAGAGUACGGAAAUAUUGUUUAUUGUUUAGCUGGGAUUAGGCCAAAAGCAGGUAACUAGUUCGUGCUUGUGCCAAAGGCAAGGAAGGUUUUGUUUUUUCCCCUCCCUCUCUCACUUUCUCUCGCUUGAUUGAAGUUUCCUGGGAAGGGCCUCCUCACCAAGUGUGGAAGUCGUAACCCAAACGAGGCUGUUACUUUGGGGAAGAAAGAGAGGGGGAGAGGGUAAGGGAAUUGCAGGCGUUUUGUUCACGACAUGGUACUGAUGACAGAACAGCAACAGAACCACCAAACUCUGCUCUCUACACCCGCCGAAGAAAUAAAGUCCGUGAAGUCUCCUGGCAAAAAAGAUUCAAAGGGGAUUGCAUCGAACUCUGAAGCCGAGAAUGCGGGAGAGGAGAAGCAAAAGAGACCUGGGAAAACCAGUAAUGAUCAACCACAACCAUCAGAUAAUGAUACAGAGCCCCCUGAGAACAGAAAGAAACCAUCGCUUGUAAUGUCAAAAACAUUUGAUCUCCCUUCUCCGCAAAUACCAAGUGACUUUGAAACAAAACUUGAAAGGAAGAAAUCCCAAACCAGCCAGUUUUCCAAGACAAAUGCGCAGUUUCAUAAGAUUUUCAAAGAAAUAUGUAAAGAGGAACAACUGAAACAAAGUUAUACAUGUGCCUUACAAAAAGACAUCCUCUAUCAGGGAAGACUGUUUGUGUCUGAAAACUGGAUCUGUUUCCAUUCCAAAGUCUUUGGUAAAGAUACUAAGAUUGCUAUUCCUGUAACUUCUGUGACCCUUAUUAAGAAAACAAAAACUGCCAUUCUAGUGCCAAAUGCACUUGUUAUUGCAACCGCAAUUGACCGACAUGUGUUUGUGUCAUUCCUUUCAAGAGAAACCACAUACAAAUUUUUAAAAUCCACCUGUUUUCAUCUUGAUGGAAAAAGCCCUGGAAGCAGUCCGAUACCUUCUUCUACAGAAAACAGUUUCAGAGUGGAACGUCCCGCAUCAUUGCCCCUGGAUUUCCCAGGAGACUUUUCAGAUUUAGAUGGGACAGUAAGGCAGAGGAGGCAGGAGAUGGAGGAAAGCACAAGCUCAGGCUCCCAAACUCCAGAGUUUGAAACCAUUUCAGAAUUCCCAAACAUUUCUCAGAACUUCCUAAAUGUGGUAAGGAAUGGAGAAAUACCAGUCCAUGCGGAUAUUCACGUUAACCAGAACCCAGAUGUAAAGUUUAACCCACACCGAAAUGGUGCUUCAGGAUUGGUUCGUGUUGUGCACACGGUGAAAUCAUUGUGGCCAAUGUCUUUAAAUACCCUGCUCCUAGUCUACCUGUUUUUUGUCUGCAUCCUUGUUAUUUCAUCAUGCUAUAUGGCUUAUAAAAUAAUGACUUUGGAACAGCGGUUAACCUCACUGGGUUCCAUGGCAGAAUACCGGCAAAAUGAAAAUUUGGUGCAGCACAGUGCAAGAGUGCAGGCUGAAGUUAAUGCUGAAAUGUAUGGAGAGUUAUCUUCAAAUCUGUUAAAGCUAGAAAAGAUUCAGAAGAAUUUACAAAGACUAUUAGAGGAGACGGAGUGAAAGAUAUGAUUUGUUCUUCCUGAUGUUGGUAUCUUGCUGCUUGCUUGCCUCUGGGUCCACAAUGUGUACAUGCACUCUCUGCUGGACAGAACCUAUGAACUGAAAGCACCAGGUGGCCUUAAUUCUGUGGAAUGUAAAAUUGUGCAAUAAGAUUGUUUUGAAACUUACCUUUCAAGACUAAAAUACACUGCAUUUCAAUUAGUUUGUUCAAACUGUGGAUCAUGAAUGGUCCUUUUUGUCCAAAUACUCUUAAUGUUUGUAGUGCUGACAAAAGUAAAACUGUGUAACACUCCAAAUACAGUGAAUCAGUAUCAACUUUUGCCUUAAGAAUGCAUGUGCUGGUUUCAUGCCCUUGGGGUUCCCUUUUCGUAAAGUACAGAUACAAUCCUUGCUUUGUCAAAUAAGAAGAAAAAAAUUCUAGCUUUGCAAAUCAGUAUAAAGAUAUUUAUUUGGUUACAAGUGCAUUAAAGGUUAUGCUUUGUGACCUUAAGGCCUUUUGUUUUUUAACCAAAUUUCAUUUCAGCUAAACUAAAAGAGACAUCAAAAACAAUUGUAAAGCAAAUAGACAUAUUAUAUUUAUAUAAACUGUAAUAAUGGAAAUCUUCACCAUUUCUGUGAAAUGUUUGAAAUUUGGAAAUAAAAAGCAUUAUUGCCUGGG